AUGGCCAACCUGGAGCGCACCUUUAUCGCCAUCAAGCCAGACGGCGUGCAGCGCGGCCUGGUGAGCGAGAUCAUCAAGCGUUUCAAGCAGACGGGAUUCCGCCUGGUGGCCCUGAAGUUCCUCCGGGCAUCCAAAGACCACCUGAAGCAGCACUACAGUGACCUGAAAGACCAUCCUUUCUUCCCGGGGCUGGUGAAAUACAUGAACUCAGGGCCUGUGGUGGCCAUGGUCUGGGAGGGGCUGAAUGUGAUGAAAACUGGUCGAGUAAUACUUGGGGAGACUAAUCCAGUUGAUUCUAAGCCAGGCACCAUUCGAAGGGAUUUCUGCAUUCAAGUUGGCAGGAACAUCAUUCAUGGCAGUGAUUCAGUGAAAAGUGCUGAAAAAGAGAUCAGCCUAUGGUUUAAGCCAGAAGAAUUGGUUGAUUACAAGUCUUGUGCUCAUGACUGGGUCUAUGAGUAGAAGUGGACAAAACAAGGUCC